AUGGAGACCCUUGUCUUCGUCUGGCUACUCCUCAUAUUCUUACCACACUUGACUUCAUCUCUAACUCAAGAGUUCUCUUUCACUGGCUUCAAAAAAGCCUCUCCAAAUCUAAUCAUGUCUGGAGUUACAGAAAUCGCCAACACUGGAGCCAUCAGGCUCACAACAGACACAAGCCGUGUGAUUGGUCACGCCUUCUACUCCUUACCAAUCCGGUUCAAGCCACCCGGUCAAAACCGAGUUCUCUCUUUCUCCACCUCUUUUGUAAUCGCCAUGGUUCCAGAGUACGUCGCGCUUGGGGGUCAUGGACUUGCCUUCAUCAUCACCCCAACUCCAAAUCUCCAAGGCUCUCUUUCUAGCCAGUACUUAGGGAUUUUGAACUCAAGCCGAGCUAAUGUCUCUAGCAACUUCUUCGCUGUGGAGUUCGAUACUGUCAAGGAUUUGGAGUUUGAGGACAUCAAUGAUAACCACGUCGGAAUCGAUAUAAACAGUUUGGAGUCAAGUAUUUCAACUCCAGUUGCUUAUUUUCUUCCCAACUCAACCAAGAAAGAGCUUUUCCUCGACAGUGGUAGAGUGAUUCAAGCUUGGAUUGAUUAUGACUCAAACAAGAAAAGGUUAGAUGUUAAACUUUCUCCACUCUCUGAGAAACCAAAGUUGUCUCUUCUCUCUUACAAUAUAGAUCUGUCCUCUGUCUUUGGAGAUGAAAUGUAUGUUGGAUUCUCUGCUUCCACCGGUUUGCUAGCUAGUUCUCAUUACAUCUUAGGUUGGAACUUUAACAUGAGUGGAGAAGCUAUGUCUCUGUCUUUACCAUCUCUCCCUAGGGUUCCACGUCCAGUCAAGAAGAAGAAGAGCCCUGGCUUGAUCCUAGGAGUAUCUUUCUCGUGUUCCCUUUUGAUCAUCGCGGUUCUUGUCGCUGCAGUUAUGUUUGGUAUUAAAAAGGUCAAAGAUGAAGACAGAGUUGAAGAGUGGGAGCUUGAUUAUGGUCCGCAUAGAUUCUCUUAUAGAGAGUUGAAGAAAGCUACGAAUGGUUUUGGGGACAAGGAGCUUCUCGGGUCUGGUGGUUUCGGUAAAGUGUACAAAGGAAAACUUCCAGAUUCAGAAGAGUUUGUAGCUGUCAAGAGAAUCUCUCACGAGUCAAAACAAGGUGUACGAGAGUUCAUGUCUGAAGUCUCGAGCAUUGGUCACCUCAGGCAUAGGAAUCUUGUUCAGUUGCUAGGUUGGUGCCGAAGACGACAAGAUUUGCUUCUGGUCUAUGACUUCAUGCCUAACGGAAGCUUAGACAUGUACUUGUUCGGUGAAAACCCUAAAGUUAUCUUGACUUGGGACCAACGCUUCAAAAUUAUCAAAGGGGUCGCUUCUGCUUUACUCUACUUGCAUGAAGGAUGGGAACAAACCGUUAUUCACCGCGAUAUUAAAGCUGCAAACGUUUUGUUAGACGGUGAUAUGAACGGGCGUGUUGGAGAUUUCGGUCUUGCUAAGUUAUAUGAGCAUGGAUCUAACCCGGGAGUUACAAGAGUGGUUGGUACGUUUGGGUACUUAGCACCAGAACUUACUAAAUCAGGAAAGUUAACAACAAGCACUGAUGUUUACGCGUUUGGUGCGCUUCUGUUAGAAGUAGCUUGCGGGAGAAGACCUAUUGAGACAAAUGCGUUACCGGAAGAGCUUGUAAUGGUUGAUUGGGUUUGGUCAAGGUGGCAAAGUGGAGACAUUAGAGAAGUUGUGGACUGGAGAUUGAACGGUGAGUAUGAUGAAGAUGAAGUGGUCAUGGUUAUCAAGUUAGGGCUUCUUUGUUCGAACAACUCACCUGAAGUUCGACCUACAAUGAGACAAGUGGUUAUGUAUCUUGAGAAGCAGUUUCCGUCGCCGGAAGUUGUCCCUGCGCCAGAUUUUCUAGAUGCAAAUGAUAGCAUGUGUCUUGAUGAUGGAAGCGGUAAUAUUAAUGCUGGCGAGUUUGAGGACUUUGUGGACUCAGCUAGGUUUUAUAGUGGACCGAAUCAGACUUCUACUUCGUCUAUAUUCUCAUUCGGGGGUAAAACUAAAACCGAUGGGAGAUGA